CAAAAUGGUGGAAGCUGUUAGCUUUUUGUAAGCUGAGCAUCUCUACCAAGAGCCUGGGAGGAAGAGAGAAAAAGUGUGAGAUACAGCUGAAAUACAUCCAUGCACUAAGACAGAGAAGGACAGAGAUUCCUGUGCCCCAGUAGUGGGAUGGACCUGGCGUCUCACAGUAAGACGAGCUCCGAGGGGGCCGAGGGCAGACCAGCCCCUCCCAAUUCGCUGCCCCUGCAGGGUGCUCCAGGUGGCCCGUCCCAGAGGAAGAAGCUCUCUGCCCCGUGUAUCAGCCUCUCAUUGGACCAGAGCGAGGACGACGUCCUAGAGACGCCCGACGACCUUGACAUUAACGUGGACGACCUGGACACGCCCGACGACGCAGACUAUCUGGACUACACCGACAAUGAGCUGGACUGGGAGGAACCCCCAACAGCCAAUCGUACAGCGGAGAAGGAGCCGUGCGAGCCGAUCCCCACAUGUAGCACGGAGGAGGAGCGUCAGGAUGGGAAGCUGUGGAGGGCCGUGGUCAUUGGAGAGCAGGAACACCGCAUCAACAUGAAGAUCAUCGAGCCCUACCAGAGAGUUAUCUCCCAUGGAGGGUACUAUGGAAAUGGAGUGAACGCCAUCCUAGUGUUUGCGGCGUGUUUCCUUCCUGACAGUGACAGUGAGGACUACCAUGAAGUCAUGGAGCAUCUCUUCCUGUAUGUGAUCAGCACGUUGGAGCUGAUGGUGGCAGAAGACUACAUGAUCAUCUACUUGAACGGAGCCACGCCCCACAGGAGGAUGCCUGGACUGGGCUGGCUCAAGAAGUGUUACCAGAUGAUUGACAGGAGGCUCAGGAAGAAUUUGAAAUCCUUCAUCAUCGUCCACCCGUCCUGGUUUAUACGGACCAUACUAGCCCUCACUCGGCCCUUCAUCAGCACCAAGUUUAGCAAUAAGAUCAAGUAUGUGAACAGCCUGGCUGAGCUGCAGGAACUCAUCCCCAUGGAACACGUCCACAUCCCAGAGUGCAUCAUUAGUCUGGACGAGGAGCUGAAGGAAGCAGCGGUGAGCUCAACAGUGAGCAGUUUCCUCCAGGGACCCGAGCCGAUGCCGGGGAGACCUGAGUGAAGCCAAUAAAACCAACGCGAACAACUCCUAGACAAAGUGGCAUUCAACAACAGUGGAAAUGAAUGCUCGUUUCGAAAUGGAAUGUCACUUUGUUCGAAAACUCAUGAUUGUUUCGUAUGCUGGAUGCAGUAAGACAGAUGUACCGUAAGGUAUAUUCCUGUGUGUUUGUGCGACGUGGAGUCGACUAUGAAGACACUCCAUAUUCCCUAUUAGCACUCAGACGUAGAUCCUAUGAAGACCACUGUAAAAUCCAUCUACAACACCUCUGACAGACCAGAGAUUAGCAUGUGGGGUUUCUUAAUCCUGGUCUUUGGGACCCACAGGUUGCACUGUUUUGUUUCUUCCCAGAACUAACAUACCUGGUAGCACACCAUGGUCUUGAUGACGAGUUGAAUAAUCAGGUGUGUUAGUGCUGGGUUGGAACAAAAAUGUGCACUCAUGUAGGUUGCCCAGGACCAGUAUUUAAUAAUCCCCACUACUAGGAUACUUGACAGUAAAUCCACAUUACCAUGAUAGUUUGUGAAGAACAUAAUUAUGAUGUGGUCACUCACAGUGCAGAACACACAUCCAUUCUUAGCGUCAAAGUUUUAAUGUUGUACUUUGGUAAUAAUGCAUGAGAAGCAGUGAAGCACUAAUAUUGUCCAUCUUGGAUUUAGACGAGUCAUUAUGUCCUUGAGACGAACAUCACAUCAAUGACGGUACGUCAAAAUCAAUCUGACAUAUCUAUGACAUGCUAAAACCCAGUCCCCUUAGGAAAUGACCAAGUAACGCGUCUCAUCGAUCUUUUUUUAGAUCUGAAAAUCAUUUGGAUCUUGAUGAGAGUGUUUGACAGAUAAAUCCCUAGAUGUUUUCACUUUGAAUCAAUCUGACGUACAGUGGAUGCCAUGAGUAACCACGGAAAUAUAAUGAAUUAUAUUUGUGUGUAACUAAGUGAAUGUGUGAAAACAAGCUAUCAGUACAUUGUGAGAGCGUGUCUUUUCAGAUGACUGGUCCUGUGAGAGUCGUGCGUGAUGUGUGUGUGUGUGUGUGUCCUGUCAGUGUGUUUCCGUCAGACAUCCUACAUGUUCACCAUCUAGGGCUCUUGUCUCUGCACCAAACAGUAUAUGACCUCAGAGGAGGACAGAGAGAGAAGCGUAAAGCUCUGUAAAGCACAAUAUCGCGUCCUGUGUGUGUGCGUGUAUCAAUGCAUGCUUCCUCAUAGAUUCUCGAUGGCUCUUUGACCCAGGGGUCUUCUACAUUGUGUGUAAAAUGUGUUAUAUGAUGGAACACUAUAUCAAUAAAUACAACUUUACUCCGA